AUGAGGUGGACAAAUCCCAAACCACACCUUAUCACCCGGCCGGCAACGGUCAGUGUGAGCGGUUCAAUAGAACCCUCCAUGACCUACUGUGGACAUUGCCAACCUCCCGGAAACGGGAUUGGGUCUCUUGUCUUCCUCAGGUUUUGUUUUGUUAUAACACCACCCCACAUCCAGGCACGGGGGAGUCUCCGUUCUUCCUCAUGUUUGGUCGGGAGCCCAGGCUUCCUGUGGAUUUUCUCUUGGGCCGGGUCCGGGACUCUGAGCCAGGGGACAUACAGGACUGGAUGGCUGAGCAUCAGGCUAGACUUAAGGUGGCAUUUGAGAAUGCUCGUGAGAGGUUGUUGGCUGCUGCAGGUCGACGGAAGGAGCGGCAUCACCAGCAUGUUCGGGAGGCCCCUCUUCAGGUCGGCCAGCUGGUCGUACCUUCGAGACCUUGGUGUCCGGGGUCGACACAAGCUUCACAACAAAUGGAGCUCGGUGGUCUACCAGGUGCUGAAAGCCCCCUCUGGCUCCUCUGACUCGUCUGAUGAUGGUCCUGCGGGAAUGAUCCCAGUGCAGGCCCAGCCUGAUACCGGCUCGAGUGUUCCCACUUGGCGGUCGUUCCCUCUAGUGGUCAGUCCAGCCCCUCUCGGUUGCCUUUGCGUCGAACAGGUCGGUCCACCGCCAGUCAACAUUCUAACGUUCAUCAUCUUCCCCAGCCUGUUGGCCUUCAGGGAUAAUGGGGAACUUCAACUUCAACCUGCACAACCGUUGUAA